GGGAGUUUGGAGAGAGACUGAAAAGUCCUGGAGAGAACGUAUCACUGAUGUGUUUUGGAAAACAUUAAACAUGUUGUACAACUCUAAGUUUGGCUACUUUGACGUGCGUAUUCGUGGAACCGCAAGACAGCGACUUCUCCAGACGUUUUUUGGAUCGCUUUGUAAGUGGAAUAGAUCGAAUCCCCAUGGCGACAAAUAAACGUGCGGAGAGCUUGGGAGGAGACCGCAUCCAUGCACGACUCCUUUGUUACCCACAAUUCCUCCUCCUGGCAGGGGGAGCCUCCGCUGUCACGCGGCGGCUUCAUCCUCCUCUCCGCGGUCAUGGCCCUUUUCACGGGGCCGGCCGUGGUGCUCAACGCUACAGUGAUCAUCGUGUCCCUGCUGCACAAGCAGCUGAGGCAGCCGCUCAACUACGCUCUGGUGAACAUGGCCGUGGCAGACCUGGGAUCAGCCGUGACUGGGGGGCUUCUGUCUGUGGUGCACAACGCCCAGGGGUUCUCCUCCCUGGGAAGAACAAGCUGCGUGAUGGAGGGCUUCGCCGUGUCCCUGUUUGGGAUCACGUCUUUGUGCACUGUGGCCCUCAUUGCCGUGGAGAGGAUGUUUGUGGUGUGCAAGCCUUUGGGUCACAUGACGUUCCAGAAGAAGCAUGCGCUGGCUGCCAUCGCCUUGUCCUGGAUCUGGUCCCUCACAUGGAAUGUGCCGCCUCUGCUGGGGUGGGGCAGGUAUGAGCCUGAGGGGGUCGGGACUUCCUGUGCGCCCGACUGGCGCAACCGAGACCCCCACCACAUGUCCUACAUCCUGGUUUAUUUCACCGUAUGCUUUGCUGUCCCGUUUGUCGUCAUCCUGGUGUCCUACUCCAGAUUGAUGUGGACUCUGCACCAGGUGUCCAAGCUGGCCUGCCUUGAAGGAGGUGCAGUGGCUAAAAAGGAGCUGAAGGUGGCAUCCAUGGUGGUCCUCAUGGUCCUGACCUUCCUCAUCAGCUGGCUGCCUUAUGCUGCUCUGUCCAUGCUGGUGGUCUUCAACCCCCACCUGGAGAUAAGCCCCCUGGUGGGCACAGUGCCCGUGUACUUGGCCAAGACCAGCACCGUCUACAACCCCAUCAUUUACAUCUACUGCAACAAACAGUUCCAGAGGUAUGUGGUGCCUUUCCUGCUGUGCAGAGAGGUGAGGACCCAGGAGGACACAUCAGAAGUUGUCACCACUGUCGAGAUGAGCACCAACAAAGUGUCUCCGGCCUGAAAGCCAACAAUCACACAAUCCAAAACGACACACUUUUGUGUACUGUUUGUAAUACAAAUGACAAUCAUUACUCAGUUAAUUUCAAGAAAAUAUCAUUCCAUCAAUUUUUUUCCGCUUAUCCGAGGUCGGGUCGUGGGGGCAGCAGCCUAAGCAGAGAGGUCCAGACUUUCCUCUACCCAGCCACUUCGUCCAGCUCCUCCCGGGAGAUCCCCAGGCGUUCCCAGGCCAUCCAGGAGACAUAGUCUUCCCAACGUGUCCUGCACUUCCCCGUGGCCUCCUACCGGUUGGAUGUGCCCUAAAAUCCUCCCGAAGGAGGCGUUCGACUGGCACCCUGACUAGAUGCCCGAACCACCUCAUCGGCUUUACUAUGAGCUCCUCCCUGAUGACGGAGCUUCUCACCCUAUCUCUAAGGGAGAGCCCCGCCACCCAACAGAGGAAACUCAUUUCAGCCGCUUGUACACGUGAUCUUGUUCUUUCGGUCAUAACCCAAAACACAUGACCAUAGGUGAGGAAGAGAACGUAGAUUGACCGAUAAAUUGAGAGCUUUGCUUUCCAGCUCAGCUCAUUCUUUACCACAACGGAUCGAUAGUGUCUGCAUUACUGAAGAUGCCGCACCGAUUCUGCCUGUCGAUCUCACGAUCCACUCUUCCCCCACUCGUGAACAAGACUCCAAGGAACUUGAACUCCUCCAAUUAGGACAAUAUCUCUUCCUCAACCCGGAGAUGGCACUCCACCCUUUUCCGAGCGAGAACCUCAGACUUGGAGGUGCUGAUUCUCAUCCCGGUCGCUUCACACUCGACCGCGAACCAAGCUUAAGAUCCUGGCCAGAUGAAGCCAUCAGGACCACAUCACCUGGAAAAAGCAGAGACCUACUCAUAAAGCCACCAAACUGGAUCCCCUCAACGGCCUGACUGCGCCGAGAAAUUCUGUCUAUAAAAGUUAUGAACAGAAUUGGUGACAAAGGGCAGCCCUGGCAGAGUCCAACCCUCACUGGAAACGGGUCCGGCUUACUGCCGGCAAUGCAGAGCUCUGACACUGAUCAUACAGGGAGCAGACCGCCACAAUCAGACCAAUACCCCAUACACUCUGAGCACUCCCUACAUGACUUACCAAGGGACACGGUCAAAUGCCUUCUCCAAGUCCACAAAGCACAUGUAUACUGGUUGGGAAAACUCUCAUGCACCCUCAAGGACCCUAUCAAGAGUAUAGUGCUGGUCCACAGUUCCAAGACCAGGACGAAAACCACACUGCUCCUCCUGAAUGCGAGGUUCGACUAUCCGGCGUAGCCUUCCCUCCAGUACACCUGAAUAGACCUUACCGGGUAGGCUGUGUUUUGUGCUCCAAUGACAGUAGGAACACACCCUCCUGUCCCCCUUUCUUAAAGAGAGGAACCACCACCCUGGUCUGCCAAUCCAGAUGUACCACCUACGAUGUCCAAUGUUGCAGAGUCUUGUCAACCAAGACAGCCCCACAGAAUUCAGAGCCUAAAGGAACUCCGGGCUGACCUCAUCCACCCCUGAGGCCUUGCCACCGAGGAGCUUUUUAACUACAUCGGCAACCUCGACUCCAGAUAUAGGGGAGCCCACUACAGAAUUCCCCAGGCACUGCUCCCUCAUAGGAAGACGUGUUGGUGGGAUUGAGGUCUUCCAAGUAUUCCCUCCACCGAUCCACAACAUCCGCAUUUGAGGUCAGCAGAACACCAUCCGCACCAUACACGGUGUUGACAGUGAACUGCUUCCCCCUUCCUGAGGCGGCGGAUGGUGGUCCAGAAUUGCCUCGAAACAGUUGUUUUCCAUGGCUUUCUCGAACUCCUCCCAUGUCCGAAAUUUUAACUCUGUGACUGCCGAAGCCGCACACCGUUUGGCCUGUCGGCACCUGUCCGCUGCCUUCGGAGUCCCAUGAGCCAAAAGGAUCCAAUGGGACUCUUUCUUCAGCUUGACGGCAUCCCUAGGAUUAUCUCCACAAUAGGCACCAACCACCUUGCGGCCACAGCUCCAAUCGGCCGCUUUGACAAGAGAGGUACGGAUCAUGGUGCACUCGCACUCAAUAUCCAGGACCUCCCUCGUGACAUGUUCAAAGGUCUUUCGGAGAUGGGAAUUGAAACUCUCUCUGACGGGAGACUCUGCCAGACGUUCCCAGCAGACCCUCACAAUGCAUUUGGGCCUGCCAGGUCUGUCCGGCAUCCUCCCCCACCAUCGGAGCCAAUUUAUUUAUUGUAUUUAUUUAUUUACAGUCACAAAAUUAUGUUUUAUUAUUGUUUCUUUUGUUAAUAUCGGAGUCAGUUCUGCAAAAAGGUAAUCCCUAACCAGCCAACUCACCACCAGGUGGUUAUCAGUAGAAAGCUCCGCCGCUCUAGUCCCACUAGCGUCCAAAACAUCAGACCGCAAAUUCAAUGACACAACUACAAAGUCAAUCAUGGAACUAUGGCCGAGGGUGUCCUGGUGUCAAGUGCACAUAUGAACACCCUUAUGUUUGAACAUUGUGUUUGUUAUGGACAAUGUGUAACGAGCACAAAAGUCCAAUAACAAAUUAACACUUGGGUUCAGAUCCGAGGGGCUGUUCUUACCAAUAGAGCCUCUCCAGGUCUCACUGUCGUUGCCAACAUGAGCGUUGAAGUCACCCAGCAGGACAAGGGAAUCACUUGAGGGAGCACUCUCCAGCACUCCCACGAGUGUAUCCAAAAAGGGUGGCCACUCUGAGCUGCUUUUUGGUGCGUAAGCACAAACAACGGUCAGGACCCGUCCCCCCACCCGAAGGCGGAGGAAAGCUACCCUCUCGUCUACUGGGUUAAAGUCCAACGUGCAGGCUUUGAGCCGGGGGACAACAAGAAUUGUCCGUUGCCUCUCACUGCGCGCAACGCUAGAGUGAAAGAGAGUCCAGUCCCUCUCCAGAGAACUGGUCCUAAAGCCCUUGCUGUGCGUCAAACUGAGUUCGACUAUAUCUAGCUGGAACUUCUCUACCUCGUGCACCAGCUCAGGCUCGUUCCACGUCCCAAGAGCUAGCCUACGUAACCGAGGGUCGGACCUCCAAGCGCCCUGCCUUCGGCUGACGCCCAGCUCACACUGGACCCGACCUCUGUGGCCCCUCCUAUGAGUGGUGAGCCCAUUGGAGGGGGGACCCACGUUGCAUCUUCGGGCUCUGCCCAGCCGGGCCCCUUGGGGACAGGCCCGACCACCACCCUGGCUCCAGACUGACCCACGUCCGGUCGAGGGAAAUCUAAGUCCUUGUUUUUUAAUUUCCAUAAAGGUCUUCUAUGAAAAAAAUAAAUAAUUCAAAUAAAGACAAUGCCCAAAUGAAACCAAUAACGUGUUUUGUUACAAAACCAUAAAGGUUUUAUUAAAGCAUUUGCUACUAAGAUGGAUGGAAACAAAACCAUAAACAUUUAGGAGCAAAUAUCAAGACUUUAAAGUAGAGAACAUGACUGUCUUCUCCAUACUUUAUACAUAUUUUACAUCUUAUAUUUAAUACAGAACAUUAAGAAAAAUCAUCCUAUUGUUUUACCAUAUGAAGAAGAAAACUACGGUGGUCGAUAAGAGACAAACAUGACGCAACGUCCGAACAGAGAUGAUCCACAAACACCACGAAACGAACGCAAAUUAAAUGUGCUGAAAUCACAAACGCUCCAGGAUUUUUAAAAGAUGCAAAAGAAAAUU